AUGUUUCAAACGUGGCGGAUCAUCCGAGCGCUGUUAGCGGUUCUUCCUGCGUGGAUGAAAUCCCGUCUCUUCAAGUGGGCCGCAAGCUUCAGCGCUCGCCGGGGCUCCCAGCUAUACCCCCUCAUAUACCGUCUCCCCUUCAACCUUCUCCUAAAAAUAUCUCAAAACAUCAACGAAGCCCACGCGCUGCGCGUCGUCGAGUCGCUCGAGGGCGUGCACGCCCCCCGUCUCGUCGGCCACGCUCCGACCGGCGACGACAAGCACUACACGACGUACACACUCAUGACGUGGGUCGACGGGGACUGCGCCAAUGACAUCUGGGACACGCUCACCCCCGCAGACAAAACGCGCAUCGUGCACGAACUGCGCACGCAGAUCGCCCGCAUGCGCAAACACACCGUCGGUGACCGCCACGCCAUAUGCGCCGCCUCUGGGGCCAUCAUCUCGGACCCGCGUAUACCCUGGCUGCGCGAGGAGCCUGAGAUCAUCGAGUCCAGCCCGCAGUUCUUCAAACACGUCUGGCUUGGGCUCGAUAUCAGCUGGAACGUCGACACUAUCCGUCCGGCAAUUCAACCCGUCAUAGAACGCGAAGACAUCCCUGUGGUGUUCUGCCACGGAGAUAUAUUGCCGAAGAACCUGAUUUUGCCGGGCGGGUUGGAGAAGUGGCGGGCUGGCUCGGAGUCGGCGGUCCUCAUCGACUGGGAAUACGCAGGCUGGAUGCCGCUGCCUUGGGAGGCGCUGAAGGCGACAUGGCUCAUCACGGAACGUGAUGAGGAUGAAUGGUACACGCUGAUGAAGGAGGUGUUCGUCGAGGAGGAGCUGGAGCUGGAGACGGAUUGGUUGUGGCGUUCCCAGUCUCGUAUCGUCAUCCUCUGA